AGUCCACCCAUCACGCAUGCCACAAGGUUGGUUGGAGAGAGCUCUCCGACGUCGUUUCUCGCGUGACAGCGCAGCACCAGAGCAUCGCACAGGAUCGCAGCAUUGCACGGAAUCGCAGCAUCGCACAGGAUCGGAGCAUCGCACAGGAUCGCCGUGACUCCAACUUAUUCUGAGGGCAUUGCUCAGUCCGUUCUUUGUGUGCCCCCUGUUCUCGACUUUCCGCCUUCCGUGCUUCAGUCAAAACCCGGAAAUUAGCCGUAUCCGUUUUUUCGAGACGUACUAGUUAGGCGAAGCUCUCGUCCAAUGGCAACGCAGCGGGACCGAGCCGAUGAGAUUCCGAGCUUUCCUCGAAACCCGCCAGCGCGAUCUGUCGGAUCAGAUCGAUCACGAAACAACCAGGAAGCCGUCGACACUGACUCAGCGGGCUUUUCUCGCAUCCGCAAAAAGGAAAAGGAAAAGCAACCUCUUAUCUACGAUUCGUCGAAGAAGGAAUCGGCCAUGGCGGCCUGUGCGGACGAGCAUUUGGAAUAUCUCGUAUGCAUGCGCAGCCAGUCGUCGCUGGCUCUAAUCUGGGGGCAGUCGGAGGAGUGCCGCGCCAAGCACAAGGCGUUCUGGGAGUGCUACGGCCGACACCGAGGCGUGCAGGGGAACAGAAUAGCCGCGUGGCUGGCGCGGCCGGUACUCCCUAGGGACGCGUUGGAGGGGAGAGAGGAUGAGCUAAGACCAGAGAAGGAGAAAUGAUGGGAGAUUUUUGGGUGCAGUGCGGUGCAGAGGAUGAGGAGAGGAUGAUGUGAGGUGCAAUGGUGAGGAUUGUGGAGUCAAUCCUUCCCUUGCUUUGAUCUGGGGGUAGUUACAAGGGAGCUGUCUGCUAGCAUCCCGAUGACAGCCGGCCUUGGCUAACAUGUAUACGCAAGGGACUUGAUCGUGCUAUUGUUUUCAUUAGCCGGCCAUGGCUAGAUUUCCAAUAAGGCUAGCUCUCCUAAUUGUAUGUUUAUGGUUGCCCCGCUUGCUUGAAACUGUGAUGUGAGGUGUGAUAUUUCAUGUAUAAGUCAUGGUAGUAUCACAAAUGGCCAAUGCGU